AUCACUGCAAGAAAUCGUCCCGUCGGCGGAAAAGAUACGGCUCAGACGAACUUAAGCGGCGCCGCAAACCUUGCUCAAUGAAGCCCCUGGACCGCCACCAAACCUGGUCGCGGGCGUCCGCCCUUUGGUCACUGUUGACUAAGCAGGAUCUGAGCAAGGCUAUGCAUUCGUCUGUCUGCCCGUGCCUCUCCUCGGGCCAGGUCUGAUCGUCUAUAUACAAAAUGCUAGGGAACAGGAAGACCUCUCCUGGGUCCUGCCAUGCAGUAGGGCCUCCUGGCACUAAUCGAUUUCAGGCAAUGCCUGGAACGUUGGUGGAACGAGAUCUGUCUCAUGCGCAACAGUCACUCACGCGCAUAUUCUGCGGCGUUCACAAACGCCGGGUUAUCCUUGCCCAUCGAUGAAAGCCAGGGGCCGCGAGAUUGGCGAUAUGAACGAGACAACGGCUACGAGGUUUGAUUCUUUUGCGUCAUCGGCGAUAAUGCACCCAAUGUAUCAACAAAUUUGCACUCUGCAAUUACCUCCGCGAUUGGCUUCCCUGGUAUGCGAGCGGCUUACCAAUCGAACGCCGGGAAAGGAGAAGGUUGUAGUUGAAGGUCGGGACUGAGAAAAAGCCCACAACUACCAAGUAUUGGUGUCGUGGAGGGGUGACUUAAUCCUAUUCUUUCUAUCUUGAACUCGCCGUCGGUCCAACUGACAAUAGUCGUGUGAGCCGGGGGGAGACCCUUUAAGAAGAUGGUUGGAUGAAACAUCAAUAAUUCCCGAAACUUCGCGGAUUCGACCUCUAAAUGAGGGACUUGUCGAUGUGCAGUCCACCCAAUCAGUACAGUUCCUGAAUCGAUGGACGAGCAAUACGAAUGCCUCACGGACAGCUCCGCCACAAAAGGACGAUCUUAUUUCAUUCAUUCUGCCCACCAUCUUGGUCGUCGAGAGUACGAAAAUGCUCGACACCGGGGACGGAUUGCUCAGUCAGGGAGAGUCACCAUAUUUCAGAGCCACCCCGGCACGCAGUUUCCAGUUUUAUUGAUGGCCCUUACUCCGCCCCAACCGCCACAGUGUAUCGCAGGUCCAUCUUGACAACCAACCGUCCACCCUGCACCCGUAUGGCGCUCGAAUGGAAGUACGAGACCUUGUCUCCCAAUCCUAUUACAGUCUUUAUCUUUGCCCCUCGCCCGGCGCUCUUUGACUUAGUUCGAGAGGUGAUAUCUUCGAACGGCGCACGGCCACUUUGGUCAGGGUUCCCCUUGGGGCCACGCGUCGCUCCUACAUCCGGAGUUCGAUUUUCCUUGUUUUCUUGCUCGGCCUGCUCCUCGGUAUCGCAUGACUGUGGUUGAUGGUCAAACGUGAACUGGCUUGGCUUUGGUGGGAUUUGCAUAUUGGGUGAAUCUGCCGCCAAAAUUGACCCUGGCGAUGAUUUCAGAAGGGCGGACCUAGGAGAGCUUAACGAUAUCUCCAAACUUCGGGGAGGGCAUCAUGACUCUUACAGGGGCGAUUGAAUAUCGUCAAACGAGCAUAGCCCUUGAUCAGGAAAUCCACCUUCGCGACUCGCCGACAAUUGAUGUUCGACCUGGCUUGAAGAUGACAUCUCGAAGAAAAGACUCUUGACGCACUGGCCAAGAAGGAGAAGGAGAAGGAGAAGAGACGCAGUAGUCUUGGUGGCAACCAGGACUGCGUCGGGAUUCUAGCAGGUAUUUAUGUCCCCACGAAGUCUGCAGUGAUGUAACGCUAUCACCGAUUUGCCUCUCUCCAAGUGACUCAUUCUGCAAGUGCUCUUCCGAUAGUGGGCACUAUACGCCUCG